AUGAAAACUCUGGCACAGAACUUUCACUACACGCAGAAUUACAGCAGUGGGAGCCUGGCACGGUCAGCAAGCCGCCGGCUCAAGUCCUUGUCGUCGUCUCCGUCGGCAUCGGGCGGAAAAACGGCGUCAACGCCUGUCCGAAAGAUCAAGAAGCUGGAGAGAGCACUUAGCAAGUUUGACUCGAUCAAGAAAUACACAACCACCAAGACAAACAUCCUCCGGCUAGUGCUACUCCCGUACUUGAGGCAGAGGCCGAAUUUCGGCUCUUCCAGGCUGCAGCCGGCCCCACAGUCGUUUCUGCUCGUUUCUGCAUCGUGCAGCGUGCUGAUUGGCUGGUGGAAGUCGCUCUUGGCGGCCACAACGGGCCAUUUCCAGCAGUUGGUGUCCCUGGACCGCAACUGCUAUCUGGAGUGCAUCUCGCGGAUAGUUUCGCGGCCCGAGUGGGAGGUCUGCCGCACUCUGGGCGACACACCGGGCUCAAAACUGCAAUCGCAGGCCGUGCAGCUCGCCCAGACGUACAGUGAGCUCCUGCUGCAGACUUUCGGCCUUGCCGUGGACAGGCUUUCGGUCAAACACGUGUCUGUGGCGGUUUCGGCGUUCGCCGGCAAGAUUUUCGCCUACUCCUUCUUCUGGGUGCCUCGUAUCUGCCACGGGUUGGCGUUUCUCCUCAACACAAAGGUGAAAAACUACACCCUGGUGCACGACAUGUGUGUUUUGGGGCUCCAGCCGGGGCAGCAGGCACUCAGACACUCGCCAGGCUCCCAAACUGCCCGGGAGUCGUUUUUGCAGGCGUUGAAAGACGUCUCGGGGCUCGUUCCCAAGUAUAUGGGGCCCGUGAUGGCGGAAAGCCCCCGAAAAACGCGGUUCCGGGUCGAGGCCGGAUUCCUGAACUCGGUGUACCCGCCCAAGGGCAAGAUCCAGGGCAUCCAGGACACCCGGGGCACCUGGUGUGCUCGCUGGGCAUCGCUGGACUCCAUCGACGUGUUUUGUUCUUUUUUGCGCCACUACAUGCACAUCUGCUCGCAGAUCCUGCGUUCGAAGCCCGCCUGGGGCACUGACAGCCUGCACACGUGUGCACUACCGGGCAUGCUUGUUGUCACCACCCACGUUUAUGAGAUUUUCGACUGGCACAUGCGGACAGGAGUUCGUUCUCACAUGCGGGUGCAAACGAUGCAACCAAUGCGAAUGCAAUCAAUGAAAUCAAUGCAAUCACAAUCAAUACAAUCACAAUCAAUGCAAUCAUUACAAUCAUCACCAUCACCAUCCAUUCACUCCCCCCACAUACAACCAUUCUCCGCAUCCUCCUCCUUCCCAGUUACAUUUUCCAGCGGAAUCGCACCCCCCGCUUCUCUCUCCCUCCCAUCACCUCCCCUGAAGAUCCUCAAAGUCUUGCGAGACCUCAUAGUGAACCCAAAGUGCGCGGCAGAAUCGAUUUCCAGUGGCUGCUUCGUCCGCAUGGCCGAAAAUGUGCUCAAGAUCCUCGUUUGCCAGACCAAAGUCCUGCAGACCGCGUCGGUCGACCGCAUACUGCAGCUUUUCGUGAAGUUUGCCCGCACCGUGAAGUGUGAAUUUCCCGCCGAGGGUUCUGCGUACAUUGCCAGCAGGCAGACGAUCGACUGGUCGUUCUGGAUCGCCGUGUUCUUCAAGCUUUUGGCCUCAGCCAGCAUCUCCUGCGAGCUCCGCGGCUUGUCGAUCAUCUACCAGUGCUGGGACCUCAUCCCGGAGUACCAGAUGUCGAGCGGCAAGAACACGUACCAGCCGGUGAAGUCGGACUUGGCGUCCAGACUCGUCUCCGAGAAGAUGUGGCUUGCAUUUUUCGGCCACUACCUUCCGCUCGUCCGCUCCUUCUACAUCCGGCUCUUGGUCUGGAAAGUGCUCGGGCAGGACUCUCUCGGUCUGGCGGAACGUGCCGCCAGGUCCUUUGGCGACUCCAUUGCACGCGAGAGACUUACCAAGGCCGUUUGCUUGCUGCUGAAAAAGACUUUCCGGCUCACGAAAACCGUCUCUUUCAGUCCCGACGACCCAAUCAUCAACAAACGCAUCAUCAUCCAGCAGAUGGACCCCUCUUUCUGCUCGGCAACCAAGACAGAGCCCAUCCGGGCCUUGGCCUACGAUAUUUUGGAUGAUGCCGCCUACACUUGUGCCGGCUUGGCCGUCAGCAGCAAGGGGGUGGACGACGGUGCGGAGAUCGACGCGUCGGAAAGCGACGAUCCAGAACUUUCUGGUGCACGGGUGUCAGGGCGGAAGUCCUCCGACCCGCCGUCCGGGGACUCCUUGGCAGAUACCGGCGGCAAAUCCCCCGGCAAUAUGGCCUCUGGGAUCCUCUCUCGUGGGCACACGAAGAAGCAUUCGCAUAGCUGGGUCUCGCGGCUGUUUAGGCGCGGGUCACUUCACCGAAUGGGUGUAAGGAUGAGGUCUGAGAGGGCGAAGAGGAGGGGAGGGGGUGAAACUGGGGAUGCAUUGAAGGGCAGUAUGAGUAGAAAUAUGUUAGCGUCGACUUUUAGGGAUGAUUCUAGGAAUUCUUCCAGGGAUACUUUUAACAAUGCUUCCAGGAAUUCUUCGAAAGAUACUUUUUACAAUGCUUCCAGGAACUCUUCCAAAGAUGUCUCCAAAGACUUCUCCAAAGAUACUUCAAAAGACAUUUCCAACACCUCCUCUACUCCCCCUAAAGUCUCUUUACUCGAAAAAUUGCAAGAAGAAGACAGAAACAACACCUCAGACUCUUACGAGUCCCUACUGCAAACCCCUCCACGCAUUUUCGGAUCUUCCACCUCGUCUCCAUCACUUUCUUCAACCUCCUCAUCUCUCUCUUUACUCUCCUCAAUGGCUUCAGCCUCGUCUCCGCAGUCUUCAGCCUCCUCGCUAGAUUUCUUGGACCAGUUCACCUCAUCCUCGAAAUAUAUCGAGUCGAUCCAGAAGCUGCAACGCAAAAAGAAGCAGCACAGCAUGAAGUUUGUCCCACCAGAGCUAAAUGCUGCCUCCACAGAGCUCCCUCUACCUCAAUACAGGUUUGAGCUGAUAAACAACGACCUCAAGGUUAGUGCCAGCUACCAGAGUUUGCACGAGUUGAACUCAAGUGCCCAAACCCAAUCUGGGCAGAGCUUUUUUGCUGGAAGUAGGGUCCUCAUUCAGAACACCAAGCCUUGCCUGCCAGAUCUUGAAGCUUUCAUCUCCAAUUUCACGGCAUCCUCGACUGACGAUCAGAUAGAUUCAACUACAGACCUUGACAUCGAUGUUAUGGCCUCACCAAACAUUCCUGCCUUGCAGACAAACCUCAGACUUCCCCAGAGUUCUUCCGGGCGCAGUUCCGAGUCCGAAUCAUCCGGUUCAACCGGUUCUUCAAGCGAAUCGUCUUCUUUAUUGAUGAUGUCUGCAGUUUCGAGUCUGAUCCCGGAUCUCGCACAUGGCCAGAAAUCAAUAUUCGACAAGACCAUCCUGAAAUCAGCCCUGUUUUUCGCAAAUGGCAUCUACGAGUACAACCAGUGCGUCUCCGAGUUGCACACGUUUGUAUUCCACCGUCUCAAGGAGUUCAACUCGUCAAUCAAGCCUGCAAAAAAGACCAAGUUCGCACUUCAGCCGGCUUUUAUGCCUUCCAGGCUCACUUCCACACCUGAUGACUUAGGUGGAAACAUCUGUGGAUAUGUUAGUGGAGUCCCCGUUUACGAUAGCUUCAUUUCAAAGCUCAAAAGCCAGAUUCCGUGGAUGGCACCGGAAGAUCAGGAUUAA